UUUUAACGCAAAACAACUUUUGUGGAAGAGAGAAAGCGAGAUAACACAACGCAGAGAUACACAUCUUCAAUAGUUAAGAGUUUUCUAUAUACAGAAGCAAAGAAAAGAGAGAGAGAGAGAGACAGAUACAAAAGUUAAUAUCUCUCCUUCUCUCUCACUUGGUUUUAUAUAAAAUAGCAAAAGAAAUGCAACAGCACCUGAUGCAGAUGCAGCCCAUGAUGGCUGGUUACUACCCCAGCAAUGUUACCUCUGAUCAUAUCCAACAGUACUUGGACGAGAACAAAUCGUUGAUUCUGAAGAUUGUUGAGUCUCAAAACUCGGGAAAGCUUAGCGAGUGCGCCGAGAAUCAGGCAAGACUUCAACGCAACCUAAUGUACUUAGCUGCAAUAGCAGAUUCUCAGCCUCAGCCUCCAAGUGUGCAUAGCCAGUAUGGAUCUGCUGGUGGUGGGAUGAUUCAAGGAGAAGGAGGGUCACACUAUUUGCAGCAGCAACAAGCGACUCAGCAGCAACAGAUGACUCAGCAGUCUCUAAUGGCGGCUCGAUCCUCAAUGUUGUAUGCUCAGCAGCAGCAGCAACAGCCUUACGCAACGCUUCAGCAUCAGCAAUUGCACCAUAGCCAGCUUGGAAUGAGCUCGAGCAGCGGAGGAGGAGGAAGCAGUGGUCUCCAUAUCCUUCAAGGAGAGGCUGGUGGGUUUCAUGAUUUUGGCCGUGGGAAGCCCGAAAUGGGAAGUGGUGGUGGCGGUGAAGGCAGAGGAGGAAGUUCAGGGGAUGGUGGCGAAACCCUUUACUUGAAAUCAUCAGAUGAUGGGAAUUAAAAGAGUGUGGCACAAGGAAUCUUAAUGAUGAAGCAGCAGCAGAAGUAGUAGUAGUAAUAAUAGGAGUCUUGAAGUUAGUGUGUUUUUGUUUAGUUGCUUGUUGAAGAAGCAAAGAACUCUUUAUUUACUUUCUUAGUUUUUGUUAUUCUCUCUAUGUUUGUUCCCUAAAAAGUGAACCUCUUUCGUGGUAAUGUACCAUGUAAAUCUGCUGGCUCCAAGUUGUGUCUUAA